UUAAAAGCAUUUCCGGAAAAUCAUGCCAGUCUAGACGUAGCCUGUGUGCAUGGCAGAUUCAGAGGAGUCAGAUCUCUUGACCUCUCCUUGCUUUUCGGGGCUUGCUCUCUGGGGCAGCUUACACUUGCUCAGCCUCAGUCCCUUUUGAGGGGCAUUUUGUGUGUGGAAUUGUUAACAAAUCCCCCAGCUCCACUUCUGUUUCUGUCCUUGCAAAACAGACUCCAGAAUGGGACCUGGAGCCAAUGCACCCGCUGCCUUUGCAAUCCCGCUCUGACCCCAGACAGACUUGUGAGAGAGAAAUCCAGCUACAAAUGAGAGAGAUUUCAACAUGGCCUGGAAUAGCCACAAUUCCAGUUAUGGACAGGAUGAUGGAUUCUCAUUCCAUGCGGUGGCUGACUCUGGAGAGGAGAGUGGGAACAGUGGAGAAGAAAUUAGUGGAUUGUGAGAAAACAGUGGUGCAAUUUGAAAGCCAGCUGGAGAGCAAGUGGGCCAUGCUGGAGACGCUGAUCCAGGAACAUGAGCUGCUGCAGCGACGGCUGGAGAACAUGGAGAACCUGCUGAAGAACAGGAACUUCUGGAUCCUGAGGCUUCCGCCAGGCACUAAGGGGGAAAUCCCGAAGGUGCCAGUGACGUUCGAUGAUGUCUCCGUCUACUUCAACGAGCAGGAGUGGGGGUGCUUGGAGGAGUGGCAGAAGGAGCUGUACAAGAACGUGAUGAAGGGGAAUUAUGAGGCCCUGAUCUCCCUGGACUACGCCCUUGCCAAACCCGACUUGCUGUCCCGGAUGGAGCGAGGGGAGGAGCCGUGUGUCGGGGAUCGGGGGCGGUCGGAGGCGAGCGAGAGCCCUGCAGACCCUGGCCCAGAACCCCCCGUUUCUGCACCGGGCCUUGCAUCGUGGAUUAACCAGGAGGAGGCGGAUCCGGGCUGCGGGGGCCCGGGGGAGAGUGAAAUCCACGCGCGCCCCUGCUCCGAGUUUCAGACGGUCCCGCCCGAUCCCGUAUCCUGGAGCAGACGAGAGGGAGAGCCCUGUGGGCGGGAUCGGCCCGUCUCUGGGGGAAGCAGAACCCCGGCAGGCCCCAGCCCUGAGACUCCUGCGCCUGACCUCUCCCCCUGGAUUACACCGGAGCAGCAGCCGUGUGCGGGGCCUUGGCCGGCUUUGCAGGACAGGGAGCUCCCUAGAGAGCCCAGCCCAGCACCCGGCAGGGCUGUGGUCAAAGCCGAGGGGGGGCAGGAUGAGGAGAAGCCUGAAGGCCUGGUGCUGAUGAGGCGGUUCCUGGGAAGAGCAGAGGAAGAGGCUUUCCUGAGGCCAAACCAGCUUGUGAGGCUGGGGAGGCCAGGCGUCUCUGAGGGGCUGGGCGCGCUGACCGAAUGCGGGAGCAGUUUCUGUGAUUCCCAGGCAGCGGCUGUGCAGGGGGAAGCCCCCACCCAGCAGGGCUGGUGGAAAACUGAGCAGCAACUUCUGCCCCAGAGAAUCCCGACGGGAGACCCCUCCGGCCGCACUGAACACGAGGGAAGCGCCUACCUGCAGUCCCGCCUCCAGAAGCACCAGCUGUCCUGUGGGGCGUACGCCUGCGCCCAGUGCCAGAGCAGCUUUCGGCAGCCGAGGAACCUCAGACACCAGCGAACCCACGCGGGGGAGAGCGCCGGGUCGUUCCCUUGUCUUGCCUGCGGGCAGAGCGUGGGCAGCCACCCGGAGCUCACGCAGCACCAGCGGCUGCACGGCAGAGAGCGCCGGUACAAGUGCCCCGAGUGCCCCAAGCGCUUCCUGCAGAAGCGGCACCUGGUGGCGCACGCGCGGCUGCACACGGGCGAGCGGCCCUUCCAGUGCCCGGCCUGCGCGAAGACCUUCAGCGAGAAGUCCAACCUCAACAAGCACUACCGCAUCCACACGGGCGAGCGGCCCUACCACUGCGCCCAGUGCGGCAAGCGCUUCAUCCAGAAACCCCAUCUCCAGAAGCACCAGCGCGUCCACGGGGGGCCUGGCAGGGCUGCCUGCCUGGCCGCCGCUGCCCAGACCCCCCCUGCGGGGGAGGGACUCUAUCCCUCCCUCCAGUGCCUGGCGAGCUUCUCUUGGAAGGCGGCCCUGGAGCAGCACCAGUGA